CAUCUCUUCUGGAACAGACAAAACUCUUUCUCUCUCUCUCUCCUCGUCUUCACAAACAAUUAAUACAAAUCAAAAGGUUUCAAUCACGUUAUUGGGGUUUUGUUUUCUUCUCAUCUCUGAGAAUCUCCGGGACGGAAAAUCUUCAAUCGUCUUGGGUUUUUGUAAUCUUCAAGAGCAACAAAUGGUUGAGAGAGGGAAGAGAACUCAUCAUAAUCGUAGCACUAGGGACAACAAUGAGAACGAUAAGAAUCAAAAGAGAAGACUUUCUUACGAAACCGAAGAGAAGCUCAACAACAAAGACGACCUCGUUGUCUACAGGAUCUUAUGCCCUAGUGGAGUCAUAGGAAGUGUGAUAGGCAAAAGUGGGAAAGUGAUUAAUGUGAUUAGGCAAGAAACAAGAGCAAGGAUCAAAGUCGUUGAUCCUUUCCCUGGUUGUAGCGAGAGAGUCAUAACGAUUUACUGCUCGGUUAAGGAGAAGAAAGAUAUAGUUGAUAUAGAGAAUCUCGAACCGAACUACACCGAGCAGAUUGUGCCUUUGUGUCCUGCUCAAGAUGCUCUUAUUAAACUCCAUUACGCCAUUGUUGCUUCUUUAGCUACUGCUGCUGAGAAUACUAAGAUAGAUAGAGAUGAUAUUGGAGAAUGUCGCCUUUUAGUCCCGUCUAGUCAAUGUUCUAAUGUGAUUGGUAAAGCUGGUUCGACGAUUAAGAAGGUUAGGAGUAGAACUGGAGCUAGCGUUAAGAUUGUCUCUAAAGAUGUUUCUGAUCCUUCACACACUUGUGCCAUGGAUUUUGACAACAUUGUCUUGAUAUCUGGAGAGCCUGAAUCCGUGAAGAGAGCAAUCUUUGCUGUUUCUGCUAUCAUGUACAAGUUCAGUCCUCGUGAACAGAUUCCUCUGGAUACAACUGUUCAAGAAGUUCCUGCUAGUAUUAUAAUCCCUUCAGAUCUCUCAAUUUAUCCACAAACCGGUUUGUACCCGAACCAAGAUCCUAUCUUCCAACAUGGAGCCAGUGUUCCAUCGUUUAUCGGUACACUACCACAGGGAUAUGGAGAAACCGCUGCUGCGAAUCCAAUGCCGGUUUUUUCUUCUUCCUCUCUUCCCGUGGUUUCUCAUAGUUUUGGCGGUUCUUCAAGAUCAGAAGAGUUGGUUUUGAAAGUUCUGUGCUCUUCUUCUAACAUCGGUCGUGUUAUCGGGAAAGGAGGAUCAACCAUUAAGGGAAUAAGACAAGCAAGUGGGUCAUAUAUCGAGGUUAAUGACUCAAGGGCAAACCGUGAUGAAGAGUGUGUUAUCACCGUCACUUCUAAAGAGUCUCCUGAUGAUUUGAAGUCUAUGGCUGUUGAAGCUGUUCUUUUACUUCAAGACAAGAUUAACGAUGAAGACGAGGAGAAAGCUAAAAUGCAACUCCUUGUACCUUCUAAGGUGAUAGGAUGCAUUAUAGGGAAAAGUGGCUCAAUCAUAAGCGAGAUCAGGAAGAGGACUAAUGCUGAUAUUCAUAUCUCUAAAGGGAGUAAUAAGCCUAAGUUUGCUGAUCCAAACGAUGAGCUCGUUGAGAUAUCGGGUGAAGCAAGCAAUGUGAGAGAUGCUCUUAUUCAGAUUGUUUUGAGGCUUCGAGAUGAUGUUUUAAGAGAUAGAGAGAUUGGUUCUUCCAGGAACCAACCUCCUGCAAGAUCUGAGAGUAACAGCUUCUUCUCUCCGGCUACUAAUAGUAGUGCUGGUCUUGCACUUCCUCCAUCUUUCAUGUCUUCUGUUCCGCAAGCUGCUUCUGUAGAUUUUGAUAGGAGACCAGAAACCGGGAGCAGCAUGGGCAUGCUUUCUUCGACCAGUGGACUCUAUGGUUAUGGAAGUUUUCCGGCAGGCAAUAACAGUUAUGGAUCAAACUCUUCGUACUCAUCCAACAUAUAUGGACGAUUGCCUCAAUCAACUACCAUGGAGAUUCGGAUUCCUUCAAAUGCAGUGGGUAAAGUAAUGGGCAAAGGAGGAGGCAACUUGGAUAACAUAAGAAGGAUAUCAGGAGCUUUGAUAGAAAUUUCUGAUUCCAAAACUUCCCAUGGAGGUCGCAUUGCUCUCAUUUCCGGAACACCUGAACAGAAGCGUACCGCAGAGAACUUGUUCCAAGCUUUUAUCAUGUCCACUUGAAAUAGUUGCUCUGCCCUCGAAAUCCUAGUGUGCUCCAUCUUUCUAGCUCUCAGUGGAUUUUCAUUGAUCAGGUUUCUCAGGGUUUCCUCCUCCUUCCAUCAAGCUUCAUGUUUGAAUAUGGUUGCAUCUGUCACCAAACUUUUGAUAUCUCCAUCUCCAUUCGGUAACUUUUGGUUUCUCUUGCUUAGCAAAUUUAUAGUCUUUCAGGACCAUUCUUUCUCCCUUUCCUUGCGAGCUGUUCGUGCAAUAAAUGCUUAUCUCUUUGCAAUAAAACAAAUCGAUCUUAUAUCAAUCAAGCUUUUUUGCUUUAUUCUCCGCAUAUGGAAUCGUGUCUGCUUUGUGCUUAGGCCAAAGCAGUCCAAAGCAGCCCUAUCAGUUAUAUGUUAGCUUACUGACUCUGCAAAUCCCAUUUCUCAGCUUCUUCAUAUGUGAUGCCAAAGUAUACUUAUCACAUCGCAUCACAUCACUGUUCUUGGUGUUUCUCUAGAAAUUUCUGCAGUGAACAGCCAUAGCUUAUAUAAGCCUAUAGUUGCCUAGCGAUCUUCAAGAACAUUAGUCUUUAGAUCUAUUUUUCUUGAUGACUAGAAUUUUUCCUGCUUCUUAGAAGCUUUGAUCUUGCAAUCUCAUGAUUUGAAAUCCAUUUUAGUUUUUUCUUACACUUGGUAAAUUGCUCAUCAACCCAUUCUCUGCUACAAUAUUAGGCCACUGAUUGAUCUUCUUUAUCUCUAGCUCUUCUUCUUCAUUCUUUUCCUGGAUGAUAUCCCGUGAGCUCUGAUCAUGUAUCUGUGUCCAUACUCAAUUGUAGAUACUGUAGGUUAUCACUUAUCAGUACAGGUUUUUAGGUUUAGAACCCGCAACACCAAGCUUUUCUUAAUCUGUUGUGUCUACUUUUGCUUUAACUUUUGCGGUCUGAUCACUUCGCGCUGGCAUUUUUCAGACAAACCUCGGGUUCCAACAUAACUAGAUAACUAGAAACAAGCAAACACUCUUGUUUCUUCUAUAGCUUUCCCGGUUUGAUCAUUUUUUUCCGACUAGCUUUAGCCUUAAAUUUCGACACAUCUUGGCAUUUUUUAAAGCUUAGUGUAGGCAAGUCAUAGUUUUGUUCUUGACAGUUAUAGUCUUCCGCAUUUUUGGAUCACAGGUCAUUGUCAUUGAGGAUAGUUAUCUUAGAAAGAGAUAGAUGUUGAUGUUAGUAGUCUUGCAAAACUUUUUAUUCUGUGGUCAUGUAGUAGAGUAGUUGGCGUCACGCAAUUAUAAAUUGAUUUUCCAUUUUAUUUCAAAGAUAUGUGAAUCAGAAUUACUGUUAACGAUGUAUUAUUUAUAUCCAACCAACAUAUUUCGAAAUU